AUGGCUGGGGGAGGCGCCAACCAUUCUAUCCGAUCUGCUGCUACUGGAGCCUGGAGGGAUGUCUGGAUAGCAAUUUCUUGCUGCUGUGAUAUUUAUGAUGCCAAUCUGACUGCUACAUACUUACAGAAUGGAAGUGUCGAAAAUUUAGGGAUUCGGUUAUGUCCUUGA